UAUUCUCGUAAAGUCAAGUGAGCCAUGACAUAUGAGCUCUUAUUGUGAGCACACAGGACGGUGGCAUCUUUCUAAGGUUUUUUUUAUUUUCCCAGCAAUCAGUACAACCAAGUCAUCGUUAUAAGGCAUCGCCCUCUUUUGCCCACCCCCCCAGCACCAGGUGUGGCCACUAGCCUAUAUGAAGGCCCAAAAUUGUGUGUUCCUUUCUGCUCUGACAAUGGCAUGCCCAUUCGUGCGAGAUGUGGUGGAUGAAGAAGCACUUGUGCUGAGGAGAGCCUUCAGGCGAGAAAGGGUCUUCAGGGACCGGUUGGACCCACUGGCCUUCCCUGACGACCAUCUAUAUGAAAGAUACAGGUUUUCUGCAGAUGGCAUCAGGUAUCUAUGCAGACUACUGGGUCCCAGGAUUAAGCACCGCACUGCACGGAGCCAUGCACUGAGUGUGGAGCAAAUGGUUUGUGUGGCCUUGCGCUUUUUUGCUAGUGGAGCCUUCCUGUACUCAGUGGGGGAUGCAGAACAGCUGAACAAGGCCACAAUUUGCCGCACAAUAAGGAGUGUGUGUCUGGCUAUCAAAGCAUUAGCAGAUGUCUUCAUCUCCUUCCCUGGCCACAGAAGACUCUGUGACAUCAAAGAGGAGUUCUAUAGGAUUGCAGGUUUCCCCAAUGUCAUUGGUGCAGUGGACUGCACACACAUAAGGAUAAAAGCCCCCUCAGGUGCCCAUGAGGCCGAUUUUGUGAAUAGGAAAUCCUUUCACAGCAUUAAUGUUCAGAUGGUCUGCAAUGCUGACUGUGUGAUCAGCAAUGUUGUGGCAAAAUGGCCUGGCUCAGUCCAUGACUCCAGAAUCUUUCGGGCCUCUGAAAUCUAUCAGUGCCUAUCACAAGGUGAAUUCUCUGGUGUGUUGCUGGGAGACAGGGGGUAUGGCUGCCAGCCUUUUCUCCUGACACCUUUCACAGACCCCCAGGAAGCACAGCAGGCCUACAACCAUGCCCAUGCCAGGACCAGGGCCAGAGUUGAAAUGACCUUUGGCCUCCUGAAGGCACGCUUUCACUGCCUUCACAAAUUAAGGGUCAGCCCUGUUAGGGCAUGUGAUAUUACUGUGGCUUGUGCUGUCCUCCACAAUGUGGCCUGCCUGAGGAAGGAGAGGGCCCCCAGAGUGCCACCAGCCAUGGACUGGGACAAUCCGGCAAUCUUCCCUGAUGACGACAGUGGUCGGCUGCUGAGGGACCAAUAUGUGUUGAAUUAUUUUAGUUAGUAUGUGUGCUUUCAAUUUUGGUUAAAUAUGUCCUGCGGUGGCAGAGGAAUUUGUUUUUUUUGGGGUUCGUUUUUUUACGAAUUUGGCCUCUUAUGAUGUUUGUGCGGUAUACUGUGUGUAAUACAAGGCUGCAGGGAGGCUACUGCAUCCAUUCAUUUGUCUGUUCAGUUGAUGUGUAUGGAUUUGUCCUGCAUUUAUUUUAGUGUGCAGACAUG